AUGGCGUUUACUUUGUGGGCACUUUUCGAGGCAAGCAUAUUGUGCUUGAACGCGGUCUGCGUUUUGAACGAAAAUAGGUUUCUUGCCAAAGUUGGAUGGGCGUCAUGGCAAAAUGUUCAAGGCUUCGGUGAACCUCCUACGAUAAAGUCACAAAUGUUGAACCUGAUCAGGUCGAUACGAACUGUGGCGCGAAUUCCGUUGAUAUUUAUAAACGUUUUAACGAUUAUCAUAAAACUGAUAAUUGGAUGAUACGAAGGAUCGAGGAUGUAAAUAAAAGAACACUGUGCUGUGAAAAGCCAAAACAACGAUGUACAUAAGUGGAAAAUUAAAUUCCUUUAUUUUUAUCUUUGUAUUAAAAACAAAGUGUUUCUUUUAUUAUAGCAUAUGAUACAAUUUUGAGGCAGGUAUAUUUUUCGUAUAUCAUUACACUAUGAGUACCUCAAGAACGACAAGGAUAAUAACGAUUUUAACGAUAAGCAUCAUUAAUUAUAAGUCAUUUCAUGGGCAAUCACGAGUCGUAGAGAAAAAAUGUUC